AUGACGUUGGUUCAACAAACCCAACCGCCUGUGACUCGCCUCGUCGGCAAACCUUUAAAAGCCACCGACCCCGCAAUUUCCCCGGCCAUGCCGCACAACGGGUUCUUCAGAAUUUCCUGUUUUGCUAUAAUCCUCGACCGGGUGAAUAUUGGGAGCCCUUUGGGUGAUUUGCUUUUCUCCGCUUCAAGUGCUGAGCAGUAUGAAACGGACCGACUUGGGGUGCUGUGGAUUAGUUGGUGGCGUUGGGGUAUGUCGAUCAUCGGCAGUCGUUAUUUACCGGUUCAGCGACUCCCAUUUUGUAGGUGA